AUGUCGAAGCACAAACGCCAGCCCAGCGACGCUGACCACCCGCGCCUCCGGCCCAGCCUUUCAGCCGCCGCCCUCACCGAGAUCGAUGCAUCCCUGCGCCAAGCCGGCUUUACCUUCGACAAUGAAUUUGUCUUUGCCGAUCAUGAGCAUGCCGCUCUUCGUCUCCUUCACCUUGAUCCUCGCGAGCGCCCGUACGAUACGUCGAAGAAGAACGUCGCCCUCAGACUCGCCAUGAUCUUUGAAGCUGCCAAUGACGUGGCUUCCGAGAACCCCGGAAUAGGUACUCAGUCUCCCGAGUUCUGGGAUCUCAUCAAGACCAUCAGCCUCAAUGACGACUUGACUUUCAAGAACGCCGACCCGUCUCUUCUGGCCGCUGGCCCCGUCAUCGUCGCCAAGUACCAUUCUGCCUGGAACGAGUUUGGCCGCCAAGACCCCCAGGUAGCUGAAGUUCUCCUGUCCAAGCCCCUCAUGGACACUCCGGAGGCCAACCUUGUGCACCGUCUUUACAUGGCAGUCGCUGAUUAG